AGCAAUGAACAUAGAGCUAGCUAAGAGGAUCAAACUGAGGGGAGCGUUCAUUGACCUGGCUGCUACGCGGAGGCCUGGUGGACGUAGCAGCAGCAAGGCCGCGUGGAUUUGUCCCAUUUGUUUUGUUUAAUAGUAAUAUAAUCGUGGACAGAGCAGAGGCUUUUGCGUGUGCGUUUACCAGUUGCCCAUCCGGGUUACAUCUCACGGAAUCUGAGGCUGAGGCGACGGAGCGCAAGCAAGCAAGCAAGCGAAAGGGCAGGGCUGCCUGCCACACAAGAGACAAGGGAAGAGGAGAAGGGUAGACGAGUAGACGACUGUGAUGAGGCUAGAAGAAGAGCAGGCAGGAGCUAUAAGUACCCCGCCCCCUUCCACCCUCUCCUUCCACCUCCCUCCCUUGCUGCCUCAUCCAUUCCAGAGCUGCGAAGACAGACAGACAGAGAGAAAGAGGGAUCGACGGAGCAAGGCGGGGCCGUGUCCGGUCACACACGAGCGAGCCCUCUCGGCCGCGCGUUUGUGAAUGGUGAACGGCGAGCGGCGGGCGGACGCGGAGUGCACGCGGGCGUCGCUGCUGGGGAGGUAUGAGAUCGGGCGGACCCUCGGCGAGGGCAACUUCGGCAAGGUGAAGUACGCGCGCCACAUCGCCAGCGGCGGCCACUUCGCCAUCAAGAUCCUCGACCGCAGCAAGAUCCUCUCCCUCCGCAUCGACGACCAGAUCAGGAGGGAGAUCGGGACGCUCAAGCUGCUCAAGCACCCGAAUGUCGUCCGCUUGCACGAGGUUGCUGCCAGUAAAACGAAGAUCUACAUGGUGCUUGAGUUUGUCAACGGCGGCGAGCUCUUCGACAAGAUCGCUAUCAAGGGGAAACUGUCCGAACACGAGGGCAGGAGGCUCUUCCAGCAGCUAAUCGACGGCGUCAGCUAUUGCCAUGACAGAGGUGUCUACCACCGAGACCUCAAGCCAGAGAAUGUCCUUGUUGAUCGGAAGGGCACCAUCAAGAUCUCUGACUUCGGCCUCAGCGCUCUACCUCAACAUCUCGGGAGUGACGGACUUCUGCACACAACAUGUGGCAGCCCCAACUACAUAGCUCCUGAGGUUCUGCAAAACAGAGGCUAUGACGGCUCCUUGUCAGAUCUCUGGUCGUGUGGGGUGAUCCUCUACGUGAUGCUUGUUGGCUGCCUUCCCUUCGACGACAGGAACCUCGUCGUUCUUUAUCAGAAGAUUUUCAAGGGAGACUGUCAGAUCCCCAAGUGGCUUUCGCCUGCCGCGCAGGACCUUCUCAAGAGGAUCCUCCAACCGAAUCCGAUGAAGAGGAUCAACGUCGCGGGGAUCAGGGAGCACGAGUGGUUCAAGAAGGACUACGUGCCUGCUGUUCCGCACGAUGAUGACGAAGACGUCCUUCCUAGUCCAGCUCCCUCGAUAAAGCCAAUCGAUGAGCCGGCGCAAGAGAAGUGUUCUCCUAUCAACGCUUUUCAGUUGAUCGGGAUGGCCUCUUCCCUUGACCUUUCUGGUUUCUUCGAGGAAGAGGAUGCAGCGCAAAGAAAGAUUCGGUUCACUUCGACGCACCCACCCAAGGAUCUAUUUGACAAGAUCGAGAGCGUUGUCAUGGAGAUGGGAUUCAAAGUCCAUAGGGGGGCAGGCAAGCUCAAGGUCUUGAAGAAUAGCAAGUGUUCCAGGAACCCGUCAUCAUUGUUGGUGUGCACCGAGGUGUUUGAGCUCGGUCCAUCAUUAUAUGUCGUAGAGCUUAGGAAAUCCCACGGAGACUCUACGUUGUAUAGACAGCUGUGCGAAAGGCUCUCCGAUGAGCUAGGUGCCUGCAAGACAGACCAGAUCGCGAGGACUGAAUCAUCGAGUGACGACCUCUCGAGCGUCGAUGGCGAAGCGUUCCCUCUAUCUGGGUUCUGAUCAUAUUGCUUUCCCUGUGUUGUUUUGGGAACAGGGGAUGAGGAACAUGCUCGUUCCUGAUGCAAUUCUAGAUUAGGAUCAUGAAUAUAGUGUACAAAGCCAGCGGCGGCGGCGGUGCAAAUUAGCCACCGGGUUGAAUAUAAAUAAUAUAUAUAUAUGAUAUGUUGCAUCUUCU